GGGAGGGCACACUUGAACCGAGCUCCUCUAUGAAGGUAGGCUGCAGCGUGUGUUUAUUGAUGAGAUGAAAAGAAGAUGGAAGUGAGAAAUGAAACAAAGUAAAGGAACGUAUUAGAAAAAAAAAAACUAUACGCGCUUCGUCGGGGGAAAACGGGGGGAGCCGUGGAAACGCUGUCGCCACUUUUUGAACGAGCUUCGAAGUGCAGAGCAACACAUGAUUUGGACAGAGAGGACUGACAGCCUUGCCUAGCACCCGGCCUCUGAUCAGCCAUCUCCACCAGCAAACUGAAGCUUGACCCGCACUUCAUCACCAGCCACACAAGCAUCUUCAGAACAAAACGUCAUCUAACUGUGACAUCAGUUGCAAGGGGAUGACCGAGCGCAUUCAUAACAUCAAUCUCCACAACUUCAGCAAUUCUGUACUUGAGACCCUCAAUGAGCAGCGCAACCGUGGGCACUUCUGUGACGUGACUGUUCGGAUCCAUGGAAGUAUGCUGCGAGCUCACCGGUGCGUGCUGGCUGCUGGAAGCCCCUUCUUUCAGGACAAGCUGCUCUUGGGCUACAGCGACAUUGAGAUCCCUUCUGUGGUCUCAGUGCAAUCCAUCCAAAAGCUGAUUGACUUUAUGUACAGCGGGAUCCUGCGGGUAUCUCAGUCAGAGGCCCUGCAGAUCCUUACUGCUGCCAGCAUCCUACAGAUCAAGACCGUCAUUGAUGAGUGUACACGCAUCGUGUCCCAGAAUGUGGGCCUGGCUGGGCCGGGGGGGUUCCCUGUCAUACCAGGAGACUCUGGUCAGGAAACACCUCGUGGCACACCAGAGUCUGGCACGUCUGGUCCGAGCAGCGACGCAGAGUCGGGUUAUAUGCAAGCAACAUCACAGCAAAGCAUGGAUCGUGCAUACACAUCAGUGUACUCCUUCCCUAGUCUCUCUCUGCAGAACGGCACCCGCGAGCGCCCCCUGUACAUUAGCCAAUCAAAUUACGAUCCGGCUCUCAGCACUCAGAAGGACCACCAAUCUCAAGAUCCGCCCUGGAUGAACCGCAUCCAGGAGAGAUCACAGCAGGUCGAUCGCUUCAUCUCCGCAGCAGAGUCCACCCACUGCCGCAAGCAAAGCCGACCGGUACGCAGACCAACAGGAGGGAUGCACAUAAAGCAGGAGGCCGAAGAUGAGUUCAGCUGCUACCAGAAUUUGGGGGACUACCAAGACGACACUGACCAUACUGAGGGUGUAGAGAGUGAAUCCAAGGUUGAAAGUUUUGACUCAGGGGUGAGCUCCUCCAUCAGUACUGAGCCAGAUGCUAUGGAGCAGCAGCCGUACCUGGGCUUUGGAAGAGACGUGGGCGAGGACGGUCAUCAGGGUGAAGGAGGAGGAGGUCCAGUGCAUAUAGAGGUCAAUGACUCGUCCCCGGAGCAAGUGCAAGAGACAGAGGACGGGGACACAUCCCACAGCACUAGUGACAGUAGCAUGAUGCAGCCCCUGCCAAACUCAGUCAUGUCCCAGUCCCUGCCAAGUGCCCCGCACUACAUGCGCCAGGCAGAAUCACACACCAGCAAUCUGAGGAUGCCGCUCACCGUGACCAGCAAUUCCCAAGUGAUGGGCACUGCUGGAAGCACCUUCCUGCCCACACUCUUUCCUACACAGCCGGCUAGAGACAACAAGCCUUUCCUUUACCUUCCUGGCCAGCAGCAACCCCAGUUUGUGGCAGUGCCGCCCCCUGCAAUGCCAUCAUUCCCGAACCCCAUGUCGGUACAGCAAGCGCCAACUCAGCAGCAACAGGCUACAGGAGGAGUGGGCUCGGGGGAAAAGAAGCCCUAUGAAUGCACUCUCUGCAGUAAAACAUUUACUGCUAAACAGAACUACGUCAAACACAUGUUUGUCCAUACUGGUGAGAAGCCUCAUCAGUGCAGCAUCUGCUGGCGCUCGUUCUCCCUGAAGGAUUACUUAAUCAAACACAUGGUGACACACACAGGGGUGCGGGCCUACCAGUGCAGCAUCUGCAACAAGCGUUUCACCCAGAAGAGCUCUCUCAAUGUCCACAUGCGGCUGCACCGUGGAGAGAAGUCCUAUGAGUGCUACAUCUGCAAGAAGAAGUUCUCACACAAGACCCUGCUGGAGAGGCACAUGGCCCUGCACAGCACAGGCAGCACCAUCACAGGCCUGUCGGGGAGCGCGGGCACCCCGGGCCCGGUCUCCAUCCCCAUCCCCAUGGCCGUCCCUGAGCCUGGAGCUGGAGUGGUGGCCCUCGCCAUGCCGGUGAGCGGAGGUGCUGGAGUAGGGGCUGGGGUUGGAACAGGAGUGGGUGUAGCCGCAGAGGCGAGCUGCCAAGAAGGGACCACCUACGUGUGCUCCGUCUGCCCUGCCAAGUUCGACCAAAUGGAGCACUUCAAUGACCACAUGCGAAUGCAUGUCUCCGAUGGAUAAGUACUAAUAGAUAAACUUCUUUAAAAAAGAAUGACAAAUAAAAUGGCACUAGAUUUUCCUUUUCUUGUUUUGAGGUAUGAAGAGUAAUGAGUAUAGACACUGGCACAUUAAGUUUCCCAAAAAAAAAAGAUUUUUUUUUCUGUUAUUCUAAAAGAAAAAAAAGAUGGUGGCCUUAAGGCUUAGUAGUUUGAUAUUGAUCUACUGGAUGGAUCCUAACUACAGGCCUCUAAAUGUAUGCUUUCCUAAAAUACUGAUUUAUGUGUUGAACACUACCGAAAGGCCUACGAAAGAAACACAUACACACAAACACACCUUUAGUGUAGAUAUGUCUGAAUGAAUAUACAUGUGCAUAUAUGUUUGAGCGUUUGUGUAUUUGCAUGUGUCUGUCUGUCUGUCUGUCCGUGUGUGUGUGUGUGUGUGUGUGUGUGUGUGUGUGUGUGUGUGUGUACAUUGCCGUGAAACAUAAAUCAUGGCAGUUGUGAACCCAUACUGACCAGUUUGGAAACUAUAGAUGUCCAAGCUUACUGUGGUAUAAUUUACAACACCAAUAACAAAAAUCAUCUGGGGUUGGGCUACAUAUUCCCUCUAAAAAUACUGAUGGUCACAAGAUUGCCUUCUUAUGUAAAAUAAAAAAAGGAGAGUAGUUAAUUUGACAUUGGGUUUUAUUUAUUCCUAUGGUAUUAAGGGAUUAUAAUGCAGCUGUUGUCAAGGUACCAAUUUCAAUCAUUUUACUGAAAUGUAACUUCCUGUCGGUGGCGACAGGGACAAAUAUUUCUCACAUGUUUUGUAAUUGUUGUCCAUGCAUUUUGAUGGUUAAGAUUAUGUUUACUAAAUUAGGGUGUGUUGAUGAGACAGUAUUUGAGCAAAAAUAUGUUUCUUUUUUUCUGAAGUUUGGAGUUUAACUCAUUUGCAUACACUGCCACUAAUAUCUUAAAAGACUGUUAAGGCUAGUAGACCUCUUCCAUUUCAAAACAUGAGAAAAAAAGAAAGAUUCUUUUGCUGAUGAGUUUUUUUUUUCUUUUUUUUUAGCCUUUCACAUUCACAGUUAUGGCAGGCUGGCAUAUGCGAGUAAACUCUCUCCUUCAUAUCUGCUGCUCCUCAACUUGCACCUGACUGUUAUGGGAUGUAGAUUAAAAAAAGAUUUGUCACUUUAACUAUUGUUGUUAUUGAGUAGCCUACAUGGUUUUAAUUUGACGAUCGAAUAAUUAGAAUAUUGAGGGGGGGCUAGGCGAGGCUAGUUGUUGAUUGGAACAGUGUUAAAGAGGGAGGGAUUUAAUUUAAAUCAAAUCUGAAUUGGAAAUAAAUGCCAUUCUCAUCCUAGAACCCCUGUAUAACCACUUCAAUGCUAUUGCAAAGCUAUUUCAGCAUGUGGGAUUGCAUUGCUCCUAAUGUAUUGGCUCUCCCUGAUGGCUCAAAUGGCAUGCGACGCUUUGAAAGGAAAUACAGUGUCCAAGCAAAACAAGUAGCUCCAUUGAAAUCACACUGUUUCCUGAUAUACCACAAGUUGCAGAUGGACUUUCUAGACAAUAGUAUACAUUCCUGAUUUUUCUAAAAACCUAGACACAGCAUGUACAGAAUAGACUUGGAAGCUAGUGUGCGCAAGUUGUCAUCACAUCACUUAAAGCUCAUUUCUGAUAUUUGAAUUGUUUUCUAAUUGCUUUUUACUCCAAAUAGGACACACACACACACACACACACACACAUGCAACUGCCUGCAACUGCAAUCUGAAGGAUUUGCUCAUUUAUGUGAGCAAACACUUUCGUAGUUGUAUCGUUAAAAGAAUAACUGCAUACAGCGGUCUGAAAAAGACCUGCUGUAGAUUCAAAAAACAAAGUGCUACUUUGCACAUUUUCUUAAAAUGCCUGUGCUUAAUAUUUAAUCAUUUUCCUUAAAUGAACUUCUAUGAUUUUCUUUUAUUCAAUUUCAAAGGAAAAAAAAACAUUUUUUUAAAUCUUGAUAAGUGGACUGCAUUAUUUUCUUGCAUAUAUGUUGCACUGCUUAAACCAAUAAGUGCACUACUGUUAACAGAGAUAUUAUAGUUUUAGAAAAGAGGAUUUUUUUGUUAAAAUCUAACAUUUGGUUGUAGAGUUCACAUGUAAUAGAAUAGCUUUGUUUCAAUUUAUUCAUUAAGUAAUUCAGCGGUUCUUGGCUUUUGUUAUUGCUUGCAGUUACCUACAGUAUAUACUCGUGCCGUGUUAAUGCAAGCAUUUAUUUUUAUUUAAACGUGUACCAUUACGUGUGCUCAUGUAUGUUUUAACCUUUGAAUUCAUUCUUUUAUGGAGUCAGCUCCCUAUAACAGUUAUUCAAUCGCAUUUCUUUACAAACAGACAGAAUUUUCCUACAAGAACAUCCAAGCCAAACAACAUUAACAGUGAAACAGUAAUAAUAAACACAACUCCCGUCCAAUUCCGUUGGCGGAGGUAAUAAUAAUAACUAUUACUAUAUAAAUAAUAAUAAUAAUACAUUAUAAUGUGUGUGUGUGUAACAUAAAUGAUAUGUGUGUCCUAGAGCAACUUUCUGUGGGUUUAAAGGUGUUGGGAGGUGAUGGAAUGCAGCUUCUUUGAUAUCUGUCUGUCAGUUGUACACAGUUGUGUCCCUUCCUUAGUGUUUGUAUGUCUGUGAGUGUCUGUGUGUGGUAUAUAGCCUAAUCAAACUGUUGAUAAGUGGAAUAUCUGAACUGUAGGGCUUCCUUAGCAAUAUGCAACGCAGGUACUAUGAGAAGCAGCUCUCCAAACCUUUUGGGCUAAUGUGGCACCUGUACCGUCUGUUCUCAGAUUAAAGCCGAGGUCAAGCACCGUCGACUUCAUCGUGCCCGCUCGGAGAAGUUCUGUCCAGCAUUUCGAUGCUAUACUUCACACAAUUGCUACUAGAUUUCCUGUGGAGUCAGUUGAAGCGAAGCCAAGCGGCGAACAUGUGAGAGAGACUCAGCAUCCUGGUUUCUCCUCGGCUAAAAAAAGAAAAUAUUGACCCGCACGUGAGAAACACACUGAAGAAGCGCGAGGCUAGUCCGCGAAAGUGAAAGUAGCACGUUAUUUAACAUUUGAUUGGGCCCGUCUCCUAUGGUGUGCAUAUAAGCCUAAAUUGUAUGGUUCCUGUUUGUAGCUGUUGUUGCCAGGAUGGCAAUAUUGCUGCAUGCUAGUGCUAUAUUUGUCUCUACACAGCACGUGGAGGGUAAUCUCAUGCCUUAACAGACAAUGCACUAAAUAGAAUAUGUAAGCAACUGCCGAGAUCUCUUUCCAACCGUACUGCCACAUGUAUGGCACACAGCUCAUGGUGUUGGUGUUUGUUGUCUGUUCAGUACCGAGUUAAACACUGCCAAACUAACAUCAUCACUUCUUCGAAAGCAAAGGCAGAGACAUUAAUUGAAUUGUUUCAGUGUAAUGUACGUAUUCAGUAAUCUAGCAUUCCUUCAUGGCACCUAAAUUUUACAUAUUUUGUGUAAACACAUAUAUCAAAUGCACUAUUGACUGUAGCUAGAUGAGUACAACCAGCUUUGUGGUAUCAUUGGUCUAAAUAGUAGGUUAAGUAGCUCGAUGUUGGUUUUUGAAAUAUUUGAUUUCAGAAUUACACUAUCAAUUGUUUCCUUUUCUUUUCUUUUCUCUUUUUCUUUUUGGAAUAACAAAAGUAGCCAAUCUCAACGUUAUCUGGAUGAGGGCUAAUAACUCGUCCCAUUGUCAGUUGACUUCUUGUAUCAUAAGGUGUUUGAUAGCAGACCAGGCUUGGAAGGGGAAGAACCUUCUCUCCAGUGUGUCAUAACGUGCUAUAGCGUACCCCAGGCUUUUAUCCCCCCCCUCCUCCCCUGUUGCAUUAGCAUCACACGCUCUUCACUGUCCAUAGUUAUAUAUUCCUUAUACUGCUUCAGCUACUCGUGGUGGUGCUUUAAUUCUCUUUUCUCAGUGUUGCAAAAAAGGUCGGUUGAAAAUUGUUGAGAAGUUGCAACAUUAUCCAGAAAAUAAGUCCUUAAUCUCAAUCGUGCUUCUUCUAGUUGUUAGUUUGAAAAAAAGAAAAAAAAAAAAGAGUCUAGGCUUUAUGUUUGCAAAGUGUUCACAUAUUUUCCAGAACAAAACAUAUUGAAAAGUAGAUAAUAGCCUUGAGCCUGCAGCUGUUUGUAUUGUGUUUUCAGAUAUAUUACUGUUCAUGUUUUGUUUAUCUUAGUGUAGAGACACAGGGUCUACAGUACAUUCUUGUCCUUCUUGCAGUAUGUUUAAUUCAUCGUUAUACUUCUUUAUUUCAGGCUUUCCUCCUGCUUUUUUUUUUAAUGGUGAUCAUAGUGGUGUUGUUUAUACAUACAUAGCUUCACGCAACUGGAUAAAGGAUAGUCAGCUAUUGAGUCAUAUUUCACAGUGUAAUAUAUAUACGCUUAUACGCUUUGCAUUGAGAUGAAAACAAGGAAAUGGAAGAUAGUAAUGGUGAGGGUCGCGUUGAGUAAGGAACAGGUUCGUUUUAUUGUGAUAAGCACGCGUCUGUCUUCCUGUUCGUCUUUCGGUCUGUCUCCACACAUUUUAAGUCAGAUAGUUUUAUUUAAGCUUGAAUAAAGUCACAAAGUUAAGAGUAGAAUACAGAAAACUCAUGAAACCAUUCAGAUAAUACGUAACUGCAUUUCUUUUUUUUCUUUUUUCUUUUUUUGGGCCUUCUACAGUACACAUAAGAGUGAAAUAAAUAACUUCUUACAAAUAUACUAUAUAUAUUUAAGUAUCACCAUCUCCACACAGAUGAAUACAUUUUCAGAUAGUUUGAUAAAGACAUAACUGCAGCUAGAGUAUACAGUACCUUGUGGGAUAUAGGGAAUAUGCCUAUCAAGUGCCUAUCAGUACAUACAGCAACUAUACAGAAUAUUCAUAGUUUUUCUCUCCUACAUUGCACAGAUACAGUAUAUACACAAUGGUCUAUUAAAAAUAUACUAUUUAUACUACUACUGCUAAGACCUGGUGGUUGUGAGUGCAUCCUAAGAGAACCCUUUAAAAUACCUGAAAUGUUCUAUACAUAUACAGUAAAGGCUACAUCUGCAAGUUUUAUUUUUUAUCUUACAUUUAUACAGUUUGGAGGAUUCAAAGAUAUAAAAUGCAAUCACAGCUGGACGUUUUAAACGUGACGUGCAAAUAGGUCGAGUAGGUUCAGACGGUAGCUGAAAAAUACAUGUGAACAAACGGAAUGACCUUUUUUGUUUGUUUCAGGUUGCUCUCUCACUUUACACAUGCCGGGGUUUUUUUAUAUUUUCAGUUUUUGCCAUUUGCAAACAAGCCAUAUACUGAACUGUGUUUUUUUUUUUUAGAUGGGUUGGGGGGGCAGUGGCACUUUGUGGACAGCAGAGGGAGCCACACAUCGAAUGGAAGAGGUGAAGUUAACACUGCCUGCCACAAUGAGACAACCCAAGUCAAAUAUUUGGAUUUUUUAAAAUUAUGGUGUCGGUAAAUAAUGCCGCUCUUCAGAUUAUAACAUCCAUAAGCGCAGCGGUGGUUAACUCCCCCAGCACUGACUGUAAAUGAAUAAAACAAAUGGUUUACAGGCAGGAGGAACUGGCAGCUGCUUUAAAUUUUUUUUUUUUCAAAGUGCACUAUGUGUCCUUUGACCUUGAUGGCAGGCCCUUCCACAUGCAAGCCAAUGCCCGGUGUCCCCUCAGCGAUCAUCAAAGCUUUUUCUUAUCUGACGGCCAGCUUGAAAUUGUAAAGGGCAGGCGACGAGCAACUUGAAAAAAGAAACUGGUCAUUAAACGCUGGACUCACAGUAGAUAUUUAUAACCACUACUUGGAUGCAAAAUGAGAUUACAAAUUGAAAGUUUUGGCAACGUAGAGCACAAACACACACACACACACACACACACACACACACACACAGAGCAUUCAAAAGUGGCUGGUUUAACAACAUGAAAAACUAAACUAAAAUGAAAAUAUAUUGUAGAAUAAAAACCAGAACUCAAGUUUCAGGACUGAGUGGCUGCGAGAAAAAAGGUUUUGGGAAGGCUUAUUAUUCUGUCCCCUGUGGACUAAUUACCACAGUUUUCUCUCUAACCUUCUCCAGCCUAGUUACUGUGCCAAAUUUAGGAGAAAAAAAAAGACACUUUUUUAAUUAUGCCACUAUUGUUAAAUUAGAUGUGAGAGCCGAGCAGAAAAAACGAAAAUAAAAGAAUCCUUUCAAGUGAGACAUGUCUGCAAGACCUAUAACGUAAACUUUAUGCAUCACUACAAAACAUGCAUCACAGCAAGAGCACGUGAUUGGCUCGAUUUUGAAUCUUUUAAUCCUCCAUAACACAUAGUUUUCAAGUAAAUAGGAGAAAAGAGCUAUGAUUAACAAAUGCACAUCUUGAAGGCUUAGUUUCAUACACAUGUUAAAAUGAAGCAUUAAUAAUAUAGGCAAUGUGAUAUAGCUAGUCCCUGUCAUCCAACCGUCACAGUAUGACACACUCAGACAGCAUCUGCUCCGAUUUUACGGUCAAACAUUCAGAUUCUGUUUUGAUUUUGAGCUUUACGCACAUACACACACACACACAGUGCAGCAGCUGUUCAGAUUAUAAAGUACGACACAGCUAUACUAAGCUAUAAUAACAUCUUAAUUAUUUUAUCACUUUCUCCGAACAUGCAGUUAUUAUCACUACCCUGAUGAGGUGUUGAAUGAAGCACCAUCAUCAGGUGACUACCAUCCAUCAGUCCAAAUGAAGCAUGCAGUCCUGUCUACGCAGCUUUUUUCCUAUAGGGGGGUACUUUGUUUUUGAUGGAGUACAAGCUAUAUUUUGCGUGUCCCUGGAUAACAGGCUUUCUGUAUCUUUUUUUAUCACAAUGCCGAGGAGACUUGGGCGUGAUUUAGCCUCUGGAGACUAAACACUGAGCCUCUUUGUGUUCUCACUCGCCGUAGUCUCUUUUGGCUUUGUCCGGCUCGAUGAGACGACUAGUUUAAAAGUGUGCAGCGACUACAACCGUGCAUUCCUGUUCAAGACCAGAACAUUCCAACUCCUAGUCUGGCACUCGUUUUCCACACUUAACUAACAUUACAGAGGAUUUCCAGCGCUUAAUUGUUUUACACAUCUGUUGGAUAUCUGAUUAUCGUAGUACCCAAAUACUGCCUCAUGACGUCAAAGUUUAGCAAAAAAAAAAAAAAUUCCCUCAAAUAGAUCAAUU